GUCUGUCAUGGUGCGGAGAGUCGUCCUCCCAGAAUGCCCCCUGUGCGGGUGCUGGGCAUGUGCAGAUCUGCGGGUGAUGAUUCUCUUGUAUAUGAGGUGAUGUAGCAGAGCUCAGCAUGCGGUGGUGUCACAGCUGCACGCAUCUUAUUAUACCGCGGUCUCCACGGUAACCUGUGAAUCCUAAUUCUGAAAACGUUAAUCUGGUGAGAGGACGAGUGUCGCCUGAGGGGACGGCGAGCGCACGAGUCGUCAUCCCCGGACACCAUGGGCUGCCAGGAGGUGCACGCAGUGACCUUAUUGGCUUUCGUAUGCGGCACGUCCUCCGUAUCCGGUCUGUUCGCCGCCGUUCUUCUUCCCCAAUGGCGACUGAUGAAGCUUUACACGUUUAACAGGAACGAGAAGAACCUGACGGUGAGCAUGGGGCUGUGGGUGAAGUGCACUCGUCUGGAGUGGAGCCGCGACUGUAUGAUCUACGACACCGCGUGGUUCGCCAACGUGGACCAGCUGGAUAUCCGCGUCCUGCAGUUCGCCCUGCCCUUCAGCAUCCUGACCGCAGCCACCGCGCUGAUCCUGUGUCUGAUCGGAAUCUGUAACACCACGUUCAACUCCAACAUCCCGAGCCUGAAGAUCGCCAAGUGUCUGGUGAACAGCGCCGGCUGCCAUCUUGUGGCCGGCGUGCUCUUCUGUUUGGCCGGUGCCAUGAGUCUCACCCCAUCGGCCUGGGUCAUAUUCUACAACAACAUCCUGAACAGCAGAUACGGGCCGUACUUCACCUAUGACAUCGCCGUCUUUGUCGCCAUUGGGAGCGCCGGGGGGAUGUUCUUCACGGCGGCGCUGCUGUUCGCCUGGUACUGUAACUGUAAGUCCUCGUCCUCCGCUUACUGGCAGCCGCUCUACUCACAUAUUCCUAACAUGGCAAAUUACAUCCCCCCCUCUUAUUCCUCCCAGUCCCCCCUGUCGGCCAUCGACAUAGACUUCCCCGUUACCUACACAGUUUAGUUAUGGCGUCAUCUGUAAUGGCGACAUUUAUCUCCACCAUGAUACUCUGCUGCAUCAUCCGGCUACGAACGGUCACAACUUCUUUUUUUUUUAAAGCAACAAAAAAAAAGAAACCUACGACCCCCCUCCCCCCAACACGUCCCCCAUAGACAUGAAAGGAGGGGGCGUGGCUGUGACAUCACGAUCAUGGCCUCCGGCUUCAAGUGUUCUGAAUACCGGAGUUUCCCUUUAAUGCUUUACUUCAUUAAUGUUACAUAAGACUGUUAUUGUUUUCUUUUACAGAGCUUUAAAGGGGUACUCCUAUGGAAAACUUUUUUUUUUGUUUUUUUAAAUCAACUGGUGCCAGAAAGUUAAACAGAUUUGCUAAUUAAUUCUAUUAAAAAUCUUAAUCCUUCCAGUACUUAUUA